CUCUUCAAUUUCAAACAUAAACAUACAAGACGAAAUUAAGACUUUUACAUUGUUAUCAUAUAUUUUAGAAAUUUCUUAUUCAUUGUUAUUUUUACAAACAUUAUUACAAAUUUUGUUUAUUUUAUAAAAAAAAAAUGUCUUCAAUCGCUAGAUCAAUUAUUCAAAAAUUGUUUACAACCCGUUAUUUUCCUGUUCGAAAAACAUCAUACAGAUAUUAUCCUGCUCCUGUGAAAAGAUUUUAUAGAAGUGUACAUGUUUCUGAAUCAGAUGGGAGAUAUGAAAUAUCACUUGAUAAAAGAAAGCUAAAAACUCCUUCGGGUACUUUAUUACAACUUCCAAAUGAAGCCCUGGCAGCAGCUAUUGCUACAGAAUGGGAUUUGCAACAGAAAAUUAUUCAAAGACAUAACAUGCAUCUUACAGCAUUGUGUAAUACUGCUAUUGAUAAUCCUUGUCAUCAAAAUCAUGAAAAUAUUGUAGAUGGUAUGCUACAAUACUUGUCUUCUGAUACAUUAUGUUUCAGAUCUAAUGAUCCUCCUAGUUUAGCAGAAUUACAAAAAGAAAAGUGGGACCCUCUCCUGAAAUGGUUUGAAAAUAGAUAUCAUGUAAAAAUCAACAUUUCAGAAGAUGUAAGCACUAAUCCUGUGCCAGAUGAAACUUUAUAUCAACUUAGGAAACAUCUUUUAUCUUACAGUCAUUGGUGUUUAAUAGGUAUAAAUUUUACUGCUGAGAAUUUAAAAUCUCUUAUUUUAACUUUGGCUGUAAUAAAUCAUGUGAUUGAUGUUGAAAAAGCAGUUGAACUUUCAAGAUUAGAAACUGUUUUCCAGAUACAGAACUGGGGAUCUGUUGAAUGGGCCCAUAAUGUUGAUGAAGCUCAGUUAAAAGCAAGAGUAGCUGCAGGAGUAUUAUUUACUUAUUUAAAUGAGGGUUCAUCCGACUUAAUUCAAAAGGAUGCUUCUAAAAAGAUACAAAUGCUUGUUAAGUAGACAGUUAUGACAGGCAAGAUCAAGCAGUUACUGUAAAAAAAAAAAAAAAAAUAGUUUGAAUAAAUUAACAGUUGGUAUAUUUUUUUUAUCAUA